GUAAGGUGGGAAUAGCUGCAUGAGUGACUGGGAGUCUCCCAGGAGGGUGGAGGCUUUCUGCAAAGGCCCGCAGGUUUCCCCCCCACCCGUCUUCCGCUGCUGCUGCGUCAAAUGAUGCGCCGCAGAGCCCCGACUAUAAAAGCACCUGUCCGGGCCAGACAUCACUCGCAUCUCACUUUCUGUCCUUCCCGCGCACUCUCCAUCACACACUCCUGAGCUCCACACACAUACGCACACAUACACAAACACACAAGCACACACAGUUGCGCUUUCUUUCUCUCUCUCCUCUCUCUUUUCUCUUCCCCUGAAGUAAAGGAAACAUGAGUUACUCCAGCGACAUUUACAGCAGCAGCUCCUAUCGCAGGAUCUUCGGAGAGGCGCCCCGGUCAGGUCGUGUGGGUCUGGCUAGCGGCGGCAGCCCGUCCCGCCUGCACUCCGCAGGAUACCGCAGCAGCCACCGCGCUUAUGGCUCCCCUUCCGCGGUCUCCUCCGCCACCUACCGCAGGACGGCGGCUCCCGGCCGCGUCUUCUCCUCCAUCCAGGAUUCCGCCAUGGACCUGACCCAGUCCACCGCCGUCACCAACGAACUCAAGAUCAUCCGCACCAACGAGAAGGAGCAGCUGCAGGGCCUCAACGACCGCUUCGUGUCCUUCAUCGAGAAGGUGCACAACCUGGAGCAGCACAACAAAGUCCUGGAGGCCGAGGUGACGCUGCUGCGCCAGCGUUACAACGAGCCGUCGCGCCUGCACGAGCUCUACGAGCAGGAGAUCCGCGAGCUGCGGGCGCGCGUGGAGGAGCUGACGCACGAGAAGAGCCAGAUGCACCUGGACUGCGUCCAGAUGAACGAGACGCUGGAGCGCGUGCGGGAGAAGCUGGAUGAGGAGAGCAGGCUGCGCGAGGAGGCGGAGAGCGCCCUGAAGGGCUACCGGAAGGACGUGGACGACGCCACCCUGGCCCGCCUGGAGCUGGAGAAGAAAGUGGAGUCUCUGCUGGACGAGAUCGCCUUCCUCAGGAAAGUUCAUGAAGAGGAGCUGCAGGAGCUGCAGGCAUCCCUGCAGGCAACGCAGGUGUCAGUGGAGAUGGACAUGAGUAAACCGGACCUGGCUGCAGCCCUGAAGGACAUCCGGGCUCAGUACGAGAACCUGUCGGCCCGGAACCAGGUCCAGGCCGAGGAGUGGUACCGCUCCAAGUUUGCCACUGUGACAGAGGCUGCCACACGCAACCAGGACGCCAUCAAGCACUCCAAGGAGGAGCUGAGCGAGUACCGCAGGCAGGUGCAAGCCCGCACCCUGGAGAUCGAGGCCCUCCGGGGCCACAACGAAGCCCUGGAGAGGCAGAUUGGCGAGAUGGAAGACCGUCACAACAAUGAAAUUGGAGAGAUGCAAGACACUAUCCAGCAGCUGGAGGCUGCCCUGCGGAGCACCAAGGGAGAGAUGUCGCGUCACCUGCGUGAAUACCAGGACCUGCUGAAUGUCAAGAUGGCCCUGGACAUCGAGAUCGCCGCUUACAGGAAGCUUCUGGAAGGUGAGGAGUGCCGCCUCAGCUCGGUGGGCAGCGCCAUGGUCCAGUCUGGCUAUCCCGGUCUGUCCUACACAUCGGCCCGCGCCUACGCCCUCGGAGCUUACAGGAAGCCCAAGCCGGAAGAGGAGGAAGAGGAGGCAGGAGAAGAUGAGGAGAAGGAGGAGGAAGAGGAAGAGGGAGAGGAGGAGGGCGAGGAGGGAGAAGAGGCAGAGGAGCAGGAGGAAGGUGAGGGGGGAGUAGAGGAAGAGGAGGAGGAAGAAGAAGAGGGGGAGGAAGAGGAGAAGCCAAAGGAAAAGGGGGAGAAGGGAAAGGAGAAAGAGAAGGAGAAGGAGAGCUCCACCGGGAAGAGCAGCAAGAGCUAAACAGUUUGUGUCGUCAUCAGCAUCAAUAACUCAUCUCUCAUCCCACCGAUCACCUCUGGGUCUGCUUCCUGUUCACAUCACCCUCCGAGCUUCCCCCACCCAUCCACACACAUCCACCUGCUCCAAAUGCCUGCCACGUCCACACCGGGUCAGACGGGAUCACUUUAGAAGGAGAAGUAUAGCAUUAGUGAGCUGUAAAAUGGUAGCAAGUAUUUAUUCAGUCCACUAUCCACCGUUUCCACGUCUCUGAAGUACAGAGGGCUACUAGCAUGUUUACCACAAUAAGGUAAAAAAUGAGAAGCAGGUGUGAAUGUUUCCUCCUGCGUUAUGUGCCACAGAUGAUCCAUAUUCACAUUAGCAAACAGCGAGCCAGCCUCAGAGGUAACACCGCAGUCAGCACACAGACUUUGAAAGACAAACGCACAGAUCCUGGAGCAUGUGAAGCAGCCAGUCCAACUAUUAUGGUGCUAUUUUAUUUCUACAUAUACAAGUUGGGGAAGGAUUUUAUCAUAGAGCACCCGACCCCCCACCAGCUCGGUCCUGAAUGUGAAUGUCAGCUUUAAG